AAGGUCCGAACCCGCCUUCUCGCCACCCCUUUCCUUUUGUUUGGUUGCUGCGGACCGACCCCCAAGUCCGAGGAAAGAAGGCAGACGCUGAGGAUGAAGCCUCGGCCGGCCAUGCUGCUCUGGCUGUGGAUUGGCGCCUGGAUCUCAGAUCCUGCCGCCACAAUAGACGUCACAGUCCAGAAUCCCUUCAACAUAGCCAUCCUGUUUCAGCCAGUCGUUCUGCAAUGCAACUACCAGACCUCAUCUACCCAGCCACCGAUUGUCUUGUGGAAAUACAGAUCUUAUUGCCGGAGCCGCCUGGCAGACGCUUUUAAUCCCAGUGGUCAGGAGACCCAGAUCACCAACCAGCUGCAGCAGACCAACCCUGGAUAUAAUCCCUAUGUGGAGUGCCAGGACAGCUCCCGGACCGUGCGUGUGGUGGCUACCAAACAAGGAAACACAGUGACUCUUGGGAACUACUACCAGGGUCGGCGCAUCACCAUAACCAAUGAUGCUGACCUCAGUAUAGAACAGACAGCUUGGGGAGACAGCGGGGUCUACUACUGCACUGUGACCUCUUCUCAAGAUUUACAAGGCAAUAACGAAGCCUAUGCUGAGCUCAUUGUAUUGGACUGGGUCUUUGUCGUCUUGGUGGUGCUGGGGUUCUUUCUGAUUUUGCUGCUCUUCGGGAUCUGCUGGUGCCAGUGCUGCCCUCACACCUGCUGCUGCUAUGUCCGAUGCCCCUGCUGCCCCGAGAAGUGCUGCUGCCCAGAAGCACUCUAUGUUGCAGGAAAAGCUGCAACUUCCGGAGUUCCCAGUGUUUAUGCACCAAGCAUCUAUGCAUCCAGCAAUCAGUUGAAGCUAGCCCCCCAAACCACGGUGGUUCCCAUGGGCCCAGUGCCUCCUAUGUACAAUGGUUAUGGAGUGGAUUAUGACAGGGCCAGCUCAGUUGGUGGACACAGCUCACAGGUGCCUCUGCUGAGGGAUUCGGAUAGUGCUGCUGUGCGCAGUGGCUACCGCAUUCAAGCCAACCAACAGGAUGACUCCAUGCGGGUGCUCUACUACAUGGAGAAGGAGCUGGCCAACUUUGACCCCACUCGCCCAGGCCAGCCUAAUGGGAGGCUUGAGAAAGCCUCUGUGAUGAGCGAGUUGAGCUCUCUUCAUGAAGAUGAUCGGCGCUAUGAACUGCGACAGGGCUUGGGGCGGCUACGAGGGCAGGCCAUGUCCCCCAUCAGUGAUGUGGAAGAGGAGAGCCUGCGUAGCGGUGACAACCGCCGCCUGCUACCACUUGCACGACGUGACUCUCCACCACAGAGCUAUGGCCGACGUCCCCGUUCUCGCUCAAUGGAUGCUCUAGAUGAUUUGGAUCAGGAUCCUUAUCCUGCCCGACCCAGAAGCCGAGGCCGCCGGGGCUCUGACGAGGAAUGGCAUCACCGGAACUAUUCACCAGACUCCCGCAAUGAUUAUCCACACUAUGGUGGGCGCCGGAGCCGAAGUAGGGAUGAUCUGCGAGAUCUGGAGCGCCCCCACUAUGAUGACCAUUUCCUGGAGGAAGCCCUGCGGAGAAAGCAGCGGGCAGGCAGCCGUGAGGAUCUGGAUCAUUCAAGUGCCUCAAGUGGGAGAAAUGGGAACAGGAGAAAACGAGAUGAUGAUAUCAAUGGAUUCCCUCCUCCACCACCUCCUCCGUACACAGAGACUGAGUCUGUGUCCUCCCGUGGCAAGAAUGACCGCAAACUUCGGAAGAAUCAUGCUGUGAGCAGAGAAAGUUUAGUGGUUUGACUCAUUCCACUUACUGCCUUGCCUUUGGUUGGAUGACAGAAUUCCUGUAUUGGCUCCGGAUAACAGUCUCAGUUGUUUGGCUGACAUUCGUUUUAUUCAAGAGAGUUCCUAAGACAGAGCAAGUGAAACUCCUGUAAACAUCAUCAGUGACAACGGGACAGGGCACCUGGAUAACUUUGGAGGAACUGAUCUCUCCAAGCCUUAUUUUAACUCCUGUCAAAUGCAGACUGAGAUUCUGAAAACCUUGCUUGCAUUGCAGGAUAAUUUUUACAACUUUUUAAAAUACCCCUUUUAAAUUUCAGGUCUGGAUCUUGUGUUUUUUUUUAAAUGUAGUGUUCUAAUAGGAGAACACUUGCAAUGUAACCCAUCAGUCCUGGGGACAGAAAUAAUGGGUUUUUUUCCUACUGAAGAUGCAAUAGGAUUUGCUUGUCAGUUUGCAUCCAAAUUUUUGAAGAUGAUUCCAAAGAGGUCCAACUCAGCUGUGCCUUUUUUGUGUGUAGGCUUUAAGUACAUUUGAUACUUCCAUUGUGUGGCUUUUUGUGUGAGAUGAGCUUUUUGUGUUUUUUUUUAAACGUUAAAUAUAGAACCACUGGUGCUGUAAAUAUGUUGAAGUGAUAAACAGCCAUGUUUUAAUGAUAUGUGUAAUUUUUUUGAAAUUGCUAUUUUGUAGAAAUGAAAAUAAAAUUGAUAAACUGGAA